CUCUCUCUCUCUCUCUCUCCCUCUCUAGGAUCUCUCACGAUCCGAAACCCCAAUUUCUCCGAUCCGGAGACCCACUCAUUUGUCAAAUUACAAUUUCCACUUGGUGGGUUUCAUGCCUAUGUGAUGGAAAUACAGAAUGAAGCAGCCAUCAAGAAACCAAAGCGGUUGACAUCUGUUGUGUGGAAUCAUUUUGAAAGGAUUAGGAAGGCUGAUAUAUGUUAUGCUAUUUGUGUACACUGCAACAAGAAACUCAGUGGAUCAAGUAACAGUGGCACCACACACCUGAGGAAUCAUCUCAUGCGAUGUCUGAAACGAUCCAACUUUGAUGUGUCUCAGCUACUUGCAGCGAAGAGAAGAAAAAAAGAUAAUACUGUUAGCCUUGCAGCUAUCAAUGGUGAUGAAGCACAAAGACCAGAUGCAUUCAGUAAGCCAACAAUCAUGAGGUUUGAUCAGGAUCAGAAAAGAGACGAAAUUGUUACUGCUGCAAGUGGUAAGUUUGAUCAGGACCGUAGUCAGUUUGAUCUUGCUCUCAUGAUUAUAUUACAUGGUUACCCAUUGCCAAUGGUUGAUGAUGUUGGAUUCAAAGUGUUUGUCAAGAACCUUCAGCCAUUAUUUGAGUUGGUGCCAAAUAAUGAUGUCGAGAAAUUUUGUUUGGAAAUUUAUAGGAAAGAACGAGGUAAAGUGUAUGAGAUGAUAAAUAGUUUGCAUGGCAGAAUUAACCUUUCUGUUGAAAUGUGGUAUUCUGUGGAAGGUGUUGAGUACCUGUGUUUGACUGCACACUUUAUUGAUGAGGAGUGGAAACUGCAGAAGAAAAUUAUGAAUUUUGUCACACUUGAUUUGUCGCACACUGAUGAUUUGCUUUCGGACGUAAUUAUCAAGUGCCUGAUGGACUGGGAUAUUGACAGUAAGUUGUUUGCCUUGACAUUUGAUGAUUGUUCCACUGAUGAUGACAUUGUUCUAAGGAUUAAAGACCAGAUCUCCCAAAGCAGGCCUCUCUUGGGUCAUGGUCAGUUAUUUGAUAUUCGCUCUGCUUCGCAUGUUAUAAAUUCAAUUGUGAAAGAUGCAUUGGAAGCACUGAGGGAGGUGAUCCAUAAGAUUCGAGCAAGUGUCAAACAUGUAAGAAGCUCACAAGUGGCCCAAAGGAAGUUCAAUGAAAUUUCCCAGCAAGUUGGGAUCAGCAGUGAGAAGAGACUGGUUGUUGACUGCCCAAUUAGAUGGGAUUCAACGUGCCUUAUGCUUGAAACAGCUUUAGAAUACAGGGGUGCAUUUUCAGUCUUGCAAGAGCAUGAUCCCUCAUAUACAUCAGAAUUGACUGACACAGAAUGGGAAUGGACAAGCUUUAUUGCUGGCUAUUUGAAGCUUCUGGUUGAAGUCACUAAUGCAUUUUCAGGCAACAAAUAUCCAACUGCAAGUAUAUACUUCCCUGAGAUUUGUGAUAUUCACAUUCAAUUAAUUGACUGGUGCAAGAGCCCAGAUGAUUUUCUUAGGUCUAUGGCAUUAAAGAUGAAAGAGAAGUUUGACAAAUAUUGGAGCAAGUGUAGUUUGGCUUUGGCAGUAGCAGUCAUUUUAGAUCCCAGAUUCAAAAUGAAAUUGGUGGAGUACUACUAUUCUCAAAUAUAUGGUAGUCAGUCUUUGGAGAAGAUCAAGGAUGUAUCUGAUGGAAUCAAGGAGCUUUUUGAUGCAUAUUCAAUCUGCUCAACAAUGGUUGAUCAAGGUUCAGCCAUACCUGGAAGCAGCUUGCCUAGUACCAGCAGUGAUCCCAGGGAUAGAUUGAAGGGUUUUGACAAAUUUCUUUACGAGACCUCUCAAAGCCAGAAUGUGACAUCUGACUUGGAUAAAUAUCUACAGGAGCCAAACUUUCCUCGUAACUGUGACUUUAACAUAUUAAAUUGGUGGAAGGUCCACACACCAAGGUACCCUAUCUUAUCCAUGAUGGCACGUGAUGUUCUAGGAACACCUAUGUCAACUAUUGCACCAGAAUCUGCAUUCAGUAUUGAUGUUAGAGUGCUUGAUAAAUGUCGAAGCUCGCUUAAUCCUGAUACUCGAGAGGCUUUGAUUUGCACGCAAGAUUGGUUGCAGAUGGAAUUAAAAGAUGGCAAUCGACUGUCAAGCCAUUCAGUUAGACCAUUUCCCAUUGUUGAAUCAAGUUAACUUUCCAAUGGUUGAUGGACGUUCUCCCCUGAGCAAUUCACUCUUAAGUACAUUCCCAGGACUGGUGUGCACAAUGAGACAUAUGUAUCUAUAUCCUCCACAUGAAAGUGUGAAACUACUGGUUAAUUGCUUAUAGUUCUUUAGCAAGAAGCUUAAUUGUACAUUGUAGGACUCUUGUCAACUACAUUCCCCUGAUUUGUGCUUAUAUUAUCAGAACAAGUUUCAUGAUUGUAAGUCGGCCCUUCUAUGCACCGUUGUGUGAUUAGAUAUGGUUAUCUAAAUGUAGAAUUCCUUCUUCAUUUGCUGCCUUGUACUAGGCAUUUUUAAUCUGUAUUGGUCUGAGAAAUCAACUGAAGGAAUUAGUUCUUAUUAUCAAGGGUCUGGUUUGGUUCAUUGUAAGGAAAUUAGUCCCCUGGUAUUUUGACCAUCUUCCAUAAAAU